UUUAACUCAACCUACAGAUGCGAUAAGCACCAUCUCGUAUUGAGGCUUCAGCCGUGCCGAAUCGAUUUCCAUCAUGCCAGCCUACAGAUGGGUAAGCCGUACCAGCGGUCAAUCGAUGCCAGAAAACGUGGUCGCCGGCGGUCGUGACGUUGACGGAAGCACACUUUACGUCGGUAGAGCUUUCCAUGAGGGCGACAUGAUUCCGGCAAAAAUAAGUUUUGACAAGGGUGUCGCCUACGUUUGUCACAAUGGCGAGGAACAUCCCAAAGACAGUUACGAGGUCCUUUGCCAAGGGGAAUUCGCAUGGGAGUUCUGCAGCAACGGUGAGGUGCCAGCGGAUGCGGUAAUCGCCGGUCAAACCGCGGACGGAGAACCUCUGUAUGUUGGCCGUGUCCUCCAUAGUGGAUCUCAAUCGCUUGGCAAGGUACAACCGAGUCACGGAUGCCUCUACAUUCCGUUCGACGGCGAGGAGCUGUCGUUCAAGGAUUACGAAGUACUCGUCAUACAUUAACUCGAUUGCGGAUGGCCGAUGAUUGAAGAUGUAAUACGCAUUUUAUACACGACCGUAUAGUUAAUUGAGUCAAGCAAAACAACCUCCAAACAAGCUGCUGCAGUAAGAACUGAAUGAAAAAUUAUUGAACAAAAUGCUCCGUUUUUCUAAAUAUUUGUAAAAAUUCAUUGAAAUAAAACGAUGAAAAAAUAAUCUUAAAUAUUCAUUUUUAAUUAUUUCUAACGAACAGUACGUAAGUAACUUGUAUCGAGGCUAUAAUCGGGUAAUUUGUAUUGCUUAUUUAUCUUAUUGUUAAUGGUAUGACAUCGUUACAUAAAUUAAAUAUAUAAGUACACGAAUAAUCUUCAUUCUGAUGCACUAAAAAUAUCACAU